GAAAUGUACUUUGCAGUGAAGAAAAGUGCCCUCCAGUCCACUGCUCCAACCCUGUUAGAGACCCACAUCAUUGCUGUCCAGUCUGCAAAAGUUGCAUAAUUGAUGGUGUCGAAUACGAAGAGGGCUCCAACUGGCAGCCUGAGGGUCUGUGUUCCAGCUGCACUUGUGUGGAUGGAGAGACCUUAUGUACACCCACACCAUGCCCCCCCACCAACUGUCACCAUCCAACCAGGAUUACUGGCUCCUGUUGUUCAGUGUGUGACAGCUGCACUUACAACCAGCAUGUGUAUAGUAGCGGCCAGAGGUUUACACUCCCUGACCAUCCCUGUUACAUCUGCACUUGUCAGGAUGGCACUGUUCAGUGUGAGACACAACUUUGUCCCCCACUUAACUGCAGGGGCUCACACACCCCACCUGGAGAAUGCUGCCCCAGAUGCCCGGGCAUCUAAACUCGGACUAUCAAUAGGUUUGCCACGCAGGCACACAAGACAGGAGGAUACCAACAUGGAGAGAAGGACACCAGCAUGGAGUUUCAUAAACUUUCUAGAUGGUCUCACAAAACCAUCUAGAAGGGCGAAUGCUGCAGUGGACAGAGUAGCCUUGGUGGUCAGUAAAUUAAGGGGAGGAUGCUUGGGUGUGUACAUUAACAAAUCCUGGUGCCAAAAUGCUCUGGAAUUUUCCACUGAUUGUUCCCUGUACAUGGAGCUAAUGACAGCCGACCCUUCUACAUGCCACAAGAGCUAACAGCAGUUAGUUAUGUCUCUGUACCACUAAGCACUGAUAUGAAGGAGGCGGUGUCAGAGCUCUGCAAAAUCAUCAGUGAGCGACGGAGAGACCAUCCAGAUGCCUUCUUCAUCAUCAAGCUUUUAUGUGACUUUCCUGCUGAUAUUUUACCUUCUUCUUGUGAUUCUAUGGUAAACAGUUUUAACAGUAAAUUGCAAUUACCACUUGAGAUAGUGGCCCAAUUGAAAACAAAAAGUAGCAACUAAUCUGACACCUCUGUGCUUAUAUGCUUAUAAUUUUGAGUAUAAUCGUUCAUUAUACAUUUCAUUGUUUAGUAAAAUUCAUUUAUAUGUUUACU